AUGGUGCUGCUCUUCUGGCUGGUGCUGGCGCUGGUGCUGACGCUGGCCAUGCUGCUGGCCAUCCGCUGGGAAGACCUGACGGCCGCGCAGGCGGUGGUGGCCGCGCUCCGCGAGGCGCCCGGGCACCGUAAGCGAGCCCGCGCGGAGCAGGACGCCGCGUCGGGAGCGCACGCGGAGGACAAGGACGAAUCCAAGCGACUGUGCCGGAUCUCUGACGAGCUGGGUGUGACGGUCGGCGCUAUCCCGCUCGACGACGACGCCGAGACAAGCGAGCUGGAAUUUCCGGGCGACGCGCCCGUGCCAUGCGGAAAGCGCAGCUUCGCGCACCUGUCGGCAGAUGGCUCUGACAUGGGCGCCACUCCGUCGGACGUGACCGGCAAGCGGCAGCGCCUGUCCGUGAUGAGCGGCGAGGACAUCCUCUCGUCGCUGAGCUCGUCGGCGCCGCGGCCGCCCAGGAGGAAGCGGCGCGCGGAGGUGCAGACGCCGCCGACGCCGGCCGUUCCCAAGCGCCGCCCGCAGCCGGAGCCAGAGCCGCAGCCGGAGCCAGGCUCGGAGCCAGAGUCGCAGCCGCAGCCGCCGGCCGAGGAUGAGGACGGCGACCAACUGAUGACACCGGGUUCGCCGGUGCCGGAUGCGUCGCCGCCGCCCGUUCGUCCCACGCGCAUGCUCAGCUCGCCAGCUGAGCCGCCAGCCGAGCCGGUGUACCGGACCAACGAGGUCACCGUGGAGGGGUACGAGCGUGACCGGCAGCGGCGGCUCGCCCGCCUGCUGCGCGCCUUCGACACGCCAGGGUCGAGCGCGGCAGAGCGGUCGGCUGGCGAUCCGCCGGCCGACACGGCCCCAGUCGCCGCUGCCCCGGCGCCGGCCGCGGCCGCGAGCGGCGCCAGCCCGGCCGUCGGCCUCACCACCGCCACGGCGUUCGGCACCGCCGUCAGCACGACCGCCAGCCCAGCGGACGGCACUGCCGCCAGCUCGACCGCCGCUCAAGCUGUCGGCGUCUCCGAUAGCUUGACGUUCAAGACAGACACCGGCGCCUCCGCGAGCGCAACGGCCACCCCGUCAUUCGGCGCUUCCAUGACUGCGACUUCCACGCCAGCAGCUGGUGCCGCUAACGGCUUGCCGGCUAUCUCAUCGGCAGGUGCUGCUAUCAGUUCCUCACCCGCUCUGAAGUUCGGCGCUGCUACAAGCUCGGUGUCUACGCCAGCAUUUGGUGCCGAUUCCACUUCAGCACCCAAUGACGCAUUCGGAGCUGCCGCCAGUUCAGCGCCUACCCCAGCCUUCGGUACCGCCAUCAGUUCAGUACCGACUUCGGCAUUCGGUACUGCUACGAGCUCAGCACCCACCCCGGCAUUCCAGUUCGGUGGUGCUUCCAGUUCGGCACCUACGCCAGCAGUAGGUGCCGCUGCCAGUUCAACAUCUAUUCCGGCGUUCGGUGCUGCUGGUGGGUCAACGUCCACUAUAGCUUUCGGUACGGCUACCAGUUCCGCACCAACCCCAGCAUUCGGUACCGCUGUCAGUUCAACUUCCACUCCGGCUUUUGGUACUCCUAAUAGUUCAACACCCGCUGUGGCAUUUGGUGCAGCUACCAGUUCAACAUUCACCCCAGCAUUCGGCGCUGCAACCAGUUCAACGACCACUUCAGCAUUUGGUGCUGCUACAAGUUCAGCAUCAGCCCCGGCAUUCGGUACUACAAACCACUCAGCGCCCGCUGCGGCAUUCGGCGCUGCCACCAGCUCAGCACCCGCUGCAGCAUUCGGCGCUGCCACCAGCUCAGCACCCGCUGCAGCAUUCGGCGCUGCCACCAGCUCAGCACCACCUCCAGCAUACGGCGCUGUCGCCAGCCCGGCCACCGUCAAAGCAUUCGGCUCGCCGUUUGGCGGCGUGGGCUCCACGCCGGCCGCAGGCUUCGGCACCGCCAGUGCCCCGUCCCCGGCGUUUGGGGCUGCGACCGCGGCGACGCCCGCCUUCGGCUCGCUCGCUCAUGCCUCGUCGACCGCUGCGCCCUCCUGGCCCGCGGGCACCACCGCCGCCGCCGCCGCCGCUCCCGCCAACGGCGACGUUAGCGCCAGCUUCACCUUCCGCGCUGCGCCCGCGCAGCAGGCGUCCACCGCCGCCUCCGCCAUCAACCCAGCCGUCGCGCCGGCCGCCUCCGGGGCGUUUGUUUUCGGCUCCAAGGCUCCGGCUGAUCCGAAGCCCUCGUCUGGCUUCGCCUUCGGUGCCCCCGCGGUCAGCAGUGGCGCGACGUUCUCGUUCGGGUCGGGCUCCAAGACGGCUCCCCAGCCGGCGGCGGGCAGCGGUGGUGCCGCGUUCUCGUUCGGGUCGGGCGCUACGGCGACCCCUCAGCCGGCAGCGGGCAGCAGUGGUGCUACGUUCUCGUUCGGGUCGGGUGCUACGGCGGCCCCUCAGCCGGCAGUGGGCAGCGGCGGUGCUACGUUCUCGUUCGGGUCGGGCGCUACGGCGGCCCCCCAGCCGGCGGCGGGUAGCGGCGGUGCCACGUUCUCGUUCGGGUCGGGUGCUACGGCGGCCCCCCAACCGGCGGCGGGCAGCGCCGGUGCAACGUUCUCGUUCGGGUCGGGAGCCGCGGCGGCCCCCCAACCGGCGGCGGGCAGCGGCGGUGCUACGUUCUCGUUCGGGUCGGGUGCUACGGCGACCCCCCAGCCGGCAGCGGGCAGCGGCGGUGCUACGUUCUCGUUCGGGUCGGGUGCUACGGCGACCCCCCAGCCGGCGGCGGGCAGCGGCGGUGCCACGUUCCCGUUCGGGUCGGGCGCCGCGGCGUCCCCCCAGUUGGCGUCGUCACCGGCCACCUUCAGCUUCGGCGCCCCUGCGGCCAAACCGGUGGGCGUGGCGGGACCACUGGCCGGCGACCAGACGGCGGGAGCUCCCGUCAUUUUCGGCGCGGCGCCCAGCCCCAGCCCAUUCGGCGCUCCGGCGCCGGCGCCGAUGGCCGCCAGCCCGUUCUCUGCGACACCCUCUCCGUUCGGUACGCCGGCGGCCGCUCCAUCGCCGGCGUUUGGCUCCACACCCGGCUUCAGUAUGGGUGGCGCUGCCGUCUCGCCGCCUGCCGGAGGUGGCAUGUUCAGCAUCGGCUCGGCCGCGAUGGUGUAG